CGAAUGUAGCGGUCAUUCAAGGUACUCGUUGACCUUGAGUUUCUGCAAUUGUUGUUGAGAUCUCAGGUCUAGUAAUAAUAUUGUUUUAUUUGAAUUGAAGAUUUCUUAUUUUAGUCAUAUUUUGACAAAACCUAUCCUUCCUGUUGUUCUGGGAUUAUUUUGCAUUUUUUCAACUGUAUACAACUGAUCAUAAUUAUUCUUGGAUAACAGUCAAGUUAACCUCUUAAUUUGGAAAGUACGACUUAAUGGACGAUCUUCAAAACGCUGUUUUCCUUAUGGCGACAAAAUUGUCUGUACAUAACUCAAAGCCACUAUGUAAUGCAGAAGUUGUCACUGUUCGUUGUCGUCAUGUUGUGAAGCACAUUCCUAGACGGUAUGUUAUGGCAUAUAUCUUAUCAUUAGCACAAAAGCAAUGCUUGAAUCUUGAGAAAGAAAGUUUUUCAUUUUUGAGCUAUGUUCCAGAAGUGUGGACAAGCCUAGUUGAUGUUAUUAGAUCUAUGAAUUCCGAUAAUUAUGAUUUUGGCUAUAUACAAACAGUCGCUUUAGAAUCAUUGAAGAAAGCUAUUAAGCUAUGUCAUGAUACAACAGACAAAACAUUAUGUCAAUAUUAUUAUUCACGUGCUUCACUGAAUCCAUUAAAUUUAUUAUUGGAUACACAUUCAAUUGUGAACAGACGUAGACGUCAAGAAGAUCGUUGGUUUGCUGUUGCGGAUUUACUGUCUUAUGUUCCCUCGUAUAAAAGCCAUAUUGACCAAUCAUGUCUUACAGAUUUUUCACCAAUCACGGCAUUCGGUAUUUUCGAUGGUCAUAAUGGUCCAGAAGUGGCUGAACACUGUUCUCACCUUACACCGUAUUUACUUAGUAUAGAGUUACAACGACAUAUUUUAUCAUCGUCAUCUAGUAUUAAUCGUAAUUAUUCUAAAUGUAUACCAGAUAUAUUAGCCGAAAUCUUUCAUCGAUUGAAUAAAUCAGUCAACAGUGGAAGAGCACAAAAGUUUUGGAAUUCUGGUACAACAGCUACAAUAUGUGCAUUUGCUGGUGAUACUAUAUGUACAGCUUGGGUCGGUGAUUCACAAGCUUGGCUUAUUUUUCCAUAUACAGAUGAUAUUAAUGAUGAUGGUAUUAUUAAUCAUAAUAAUAUAUUAAAAAGUAAUUUUAAUUGUUGCAAUAGUAGCGUACAAGAGAAUAAAAACAAUGAUCGUACUACUAAUACUAUUAGUAGUAGUAGUUUUCAUGAGUCACCGGAAAGAAUGUCUGUAUUAAUGGAAAUCCCGUCAUCGGAUAAAAAUGUCAUUGAUAAUAAUAAUACACGUGUUAUCAAGUCGACAUCGUUGAAUAUUAUGCCUGAUCGCUUAUCAUCAUCAUUAUGUAAUGGAAGUAUGCCUACUAGUCAAAGUGCUUCAAUCAUCGAGAAGCGUCAUCAUCAAAAACAAAAUACUCCACAGUCGGCAAUUGAAGUGAAACAUUUCACUGAAGACUCUUCCUCAUUAUUAAUGGAUCAGGAGAAUUCCAUGCAUAAUAACAGUAAUACUAAUGAUGAAAUGGAUAUAAAUGAAUAUUUAGGCAUUGCACUAACUGAUUGUCUACAUCGCCCAGAAUCACCUUCCGAAUUUGUUUCUAUCCUACGAACUGGCGGUUCAAUAUUAACUGAAGUUGGCUCUGAAAAUAGUUCAUCUGUGGAGAAUAAAAUUUUCUAUUCACAUUCACCUAAAGAUUCUAUGAUCAAUUUAGCUGUAACUCGUGGUGUCAAAGAAAAUACACCUAAUAAUAAUUGUUUUAGUAAAUGUAUUUCCAUACCACCUCUUGAUAAUCCAAGUUUAGUCGAUUGUAGAGUUGGAUGUUUAUCGUCGGUAAGUCGAUCAAUUGGUGAUGAUGAAACAGCGGUUGGCUUGAACGCCUUACCAUCCAUAACAAUUUGGUCAGCAGCUAAACAACAACAAUCAACGCAUCAUCGUAAUAAGACAACAACAACAACAACAUCAAUGCCUUUAUGCUUGAUUAUGGCAAGUGAUGGUCUAUGGGAUGUACCUUGUUGUUCUGGUCCAGAGAUUUCACUAAUGGCAUGGCAUUGGUAUAAAGAGCAUAUUUAUCAUAAAAAGGAAUGUAAAAAUCACCAUUCAUUUUCUGAAUUCUUAGUUAAUUUAGCUGUGCAAAAUGGUGCAUCAGAUAAUAUAACAUGUAGUGUAAUUUGGUUACAUAAAUGGAAACCAACAAAAUUAAAAGGUUGGACUGUUGACUGUCAAUCAUUAGCAUCAUCUAGUCUGGUUAGAUGGCCUAGACAUUCACGGGUUACUUCACUAGUCAAUGUAAAUUCCCCUACUGAUAUUUUCUUAAGAGGUCCACGAAAAUGUAUACCAUCUAAAAUGCCUCAGUUUGUUUCUCAACGAUCUUAUUCAUUAAAUAAUAUAUUUGAUAGUGAUUUAUCAACUCCACGUUAUUCCAGUCCUCCACGUGAUAUUGUAUAUCAUCAGCCUGAUUGUAUAUCUUCAGACUAAAUCAACUAACUGUUAUUAUUUUGUACAAAUUGUAUGUUUGUGUAUUCAUGUUAUUCUUCUUCUUCCAAAGUCUACUUUGUUUUCUUAAUAUUUCUUAUGAAUAAAACUUAAUUUUUAACCAUUGCGUAUCCAAUUGACUAAUAAUAAUCAUAACAACAAUAACAUAUAUCUACUGCAUAAAUCAUUAUACUACUGAUUUAUGACACUAUCAAGUUAAUGAUAUAACUGUGUGCAAAAUAGCGUUUGCAUUUGGGGUAAAAUUGUUCUUGUUUUUUUAUUACUAACUUUCAAAGGUCAAUUUCCGGUUUCUUAUUAACGUUUUUUUCUCUUCAAAAAUAUUAAUGUAUUCAUAGCAAUUUGUUUAUUAUUGUAUUGUUCAUUUUGUACUUUUUCGGAAAACAAAAAAAAGUUUAAUUCAUCAAUUUAGUUGUUGCCCUUUUUGUUGUUGUUGGUGUCGUUGUUUAUAGAAGGAGUAUGUGUUACCUUGUUCAUAUGUUUAUAUGAACACUAAUUAAGUUGUCUGCUUUCAUAAUACUACUGUUAUUAAUAUUUAUAAUAAUAGUGAUGAUUAUAAUUAUUAGUAUGUAUUAUACACAAAAUAGUGUUAUUUAUAUUGUUUGUUCCUUGUUGCUGUUGUUGUUGUUGUACUGUAUUAUGUGUAUGGUAUAGAAAAGUCAUUGGGAAGAACAACGAAUUAUAGUCUUUCUUACAUAUAGUUCCCUUUAUCUUUCUACUGGUUUUCUAUUUUUCAAAUGUGUCCAUGUUUGUGUGUAUGAUGGAUAACUUACUCUUUCCUUUUGGUUUUCUUGAGUUUAUCAAUCAAUGUUGGGUAGUUGUUUUUUUUCUUUUUAAAAAUAUACUUCUAUUUAGAAGAUUUCAAACUAUAUACUCGUUUUUUUUUUUAAUAAAAUGACAGUUUGGAUACACAAAGAAGUCGUUGAUAAUUGUUUUUGAAUUUAUGAACUUUUGUUAUUAUCUGUUUAGUUGCUAUCAUUUUUAGUUUGUAUGUAUUUUAAGAUCAUAUAUGGUACAAAAAUGAAUAGAUUUAUUCUUUAAGAAUUCUGACUUUUUUUUUGAAUAUAAAGCUUUUUUAAUGAACUUUUAGUUUCUUUCUUAUCAUAUUGAAGAUUAUUGUUGAUGUACUGUUUUUUGUAUUAGUCUUCCGAUCUAUUGAGCUUACAUAAAUUCUCUUUCUUGUUGGAAAAAUCUCUCAAACUAUAAGAUUUGUUACUGUAUUCACAUAGUUGAAUAAUAUCUAGUUAUAAAGUUUGACCAGGCUGACAAACACUAUACACAACUGUUAUUAAUUGUAGAAAGAUUACUUAUAAAUAAUAGUUUGUUUAAUAUAGUACAUCUUGUUGUAUGAGUUCGAGAGAUCUUAGCAUGGUUGGGUUACUUGAUGAUCAUGAAGUCAAAAUACUUUUUAGGUUUUCUUGAUUAAUUUAUAGUUUGUACAUAAUUUUAUGAACUUAACACGAUUUCUACAUCGUUUUUUUUUAGUAGAAUUAUUGUGUAGGAAGACUGCUGGUCACAUAAUUCUUUUGAAGUGAUUGUUUAGUUGUAAAGUAUUAUUUUCAGGCUACUAUGGAUUCUUUCAAUAUUGUAUGUGUGUUAAUUAUACUGUUUGUUUAAAUGAGCUGUUUGAUGUAUUAGUGCAAAACAGUCCGGGCAGUCUAAUCAUACAAAUGCACACUUGUUAAAAGCAUUUGAAUAUGUAAAAUAAAAGGUCAACUAGACAUAUUGAAGGAUAAGAGAAAAAUGAAAAUAAUAAAGAAAACAAUGUGAAACUUGGCACGCUAGAUAAUAAAUCAAUAUUACCAGGGUAGGUUCAAGGCGAUAACAAACUGUUUUUAAACACAUAAAGGGAGUUUCAACUUCCGUAUGAUCAAGGCUUCAAUUAACAGUAUACGGCCCUGAACACAUACAACACUACAAUGGCUGAUUCCCUAUUGUCCCUAUGACCCAUCUCAACCGAGUGAUCCGUGAUGAAGAAAGAAAUUUGUCUAUCAUGUGCUCUCAUCUAACCAUUGAGAUUCGUUUAUUUUUGUAACCAACUAGGUGUUCCUUACAGCCAUAGAAGUUGGUGAGGCUGUUUGACUUUUCUACAUUCCCUCAUAGAAGACAUGGUACGGCUCCUGGGCCACGAUAGCUUUCCCUUUUUUGUGUUCUUGGUUUUCCUUGUCUAGUUGUUCCCAAUCAUCUGUAUACCACAAAGGAGUGAUGUAUCACCUUUUUUCUGCUGGUAGUAUUGUCAUCCAUCUGUUGUAGAGGGAUUUGUGUAUGUUAUGCUUGUUGACAUUAUGGUUUGAGAGGUUAUCUCUAUUGGUUAUGAGAGGGUUUGUUCUUGUUGACAGUACACUACAUAAUAGGCGGAGAUGGUUGAUGGUUAUCAGGGUGCGCAUUUCGUCUUAGUUAGGACUCAUGAAUCAAAUGUACCUGCAUCCCAGAGUUGAUGUUCACUGUAGAACUCCAACCCAGUACCGUUCGCUUCAAAUGCCUUCGCGUUACAUCACGUAGUUCUGAUAAACUUCUCAUUGUAUUAUUCACAUUUAUCAAAAGAACUGUUUUAAAUUUUUGAUACUAAGAUUCCCUGAACGCACUAUUAGGUUAGAUGAACCUGUUAACCGUAAAUGUAAAAUUGUAUCGGAGUGAAACUUUUUUUCUAAAUCUUGUUUGAUAAGUCACACUGAUUAAGUAAUGAUAACUAACAUUGUAUUUCUGUAAGCGGUGGCUAAGCCUUCAUAACUGCCCAGAAUCCAUAAAGAUCCCUCAAUGAAGUCUCUGGAAGCUGAGAACUAAUCUGAAAGCGUAUCGAAGCAGUAUUCAAUAGAUGCUUUAUAGGAACACCUAGAAAAGUCAAGGGUUAUGUAUAAUGUUUUAAUUGAAUAAUCACUCUUUUUAUUACCAUAUUCGGCAUGUUUGCAGAGGUUUCUAGAAGAUCAAUAUUAUCUGAAAACUUAUAAAUGCACUUGACUUUUUGUACAUAGAGUAGACUUAGAAUCAAGCUUUCGCUCAUAUUUUGCGCUUUUCUUCCAUUGUUCGA